UGAAUCCAUUCGAAAACGGUCGCUCGUUGAGUGAGCAACAAACCGCGCGUUGCUUGUUGGUCAAUUCGAUCCGGUCGUUGUCGACGUUGCCUUCGUUUGGCGCGCGCGCGAAGUUCCCUGAAGCGCGUGUGUAAUUUCGUGCGAAUUCAAAUUGAUUUGUGCUUGAAUGGAUAUCGGUUUGGAAUUUGGAAUUCCAACAACGGGGUGUGAAGUGAAGAUAGUGAAUGUGAUGUAAUCUUCCGAGAAUCAUCUCGCCGGAAUUUUGUGAUCAAAAUAGCGGUGCGGUAUCCAAAAACUGGGAAGCUGAGCUGAUACGGAAAGUGUUUGUGAUAAAAAAAAGUAUCCAAUUUAGUGUUAAACAAACUGCCAGAGAGCUUCAAAACAGCAGUCAAACAGUUAUAACGCCAACCAGGAAAACUCGACCAAACAGUGACCCCUAAUUUACAUCGCUCGAGGAUAAAUCGUUCGUUCUUCUUCGGCUGAACCAGCAACUACACAUACGGCAACCACCAGCAGAAGAACGAUCUUUCCAUUCCUGAGUUAUUAAGGGUCAGUCCUCCCACGAAAGAAAAAUAAACAUUUCAAAGACUUAAGUAACAACCAAAUACAAGCCAAAAAGAUGGAGGACGAUUCGCUCAAGAAGGACAACCGAAAGGAUUCGGUGAAAAGCGCCACCAGCAAUGGGACGGCAGCCGGUGGCGGCGGCGGUGGCGAUGGGGAAAUUACGCUCAAACCAAAGAUGACUCUGGUCAAUGGAGUGACGGUGAUUGUCGGGUCGAUCAUUGGGUCCGGUAUCUUCGUGUCGCCGACGGGGGUCCUAAUCAACACCGGCAGUGUCAACAUGUCGCUGAUCGUUUGGGUGCUGUCAGGGCUGUUCUCGAUGGUCGGAGCUUACUGCUAUGCCGAGCUGGGAACGAUGAUCAAGAAAUCCGGUGCCGACUAUGCCUACAUCAUGGAAACCUUCGGUCCUUUCCUGGCGUUUAUCCGUCUGUGGAUCGAAUGCAUGAUCGUGCGGCCGUGCUCCCAGGCCAUCGUGGCCCUCACGUUCAGCGUGUACGUCCUGAAACCGUUCUUCCCUGAAUGUCAACCCCCGGAUGAUGCCGCCCGGCUGCUGGCCGUCUGCUGCAUUCUGGUGCUAACAUUCGUUAACUGCUGGGACGUCAAGUGGGCAACCGCCGUGCAGGACAUCUUCACCUACGCCAAACUGUUGGCUCUGUUCAUCAUCAUUGGAGCCGGAGCGUACUACUUGUUCAAAGGCAACACCGAGUACUUCACGUUCGAGAAUACGAAAACCGAGGUCACAUCACUGGCGCUGUCUUUCUACUCGGGUCUAUUCGCCUACAACGGAUGGAACUAUCUGAACUUUAUCAUAGAAGAACUGAAGGAUCCGGUUAAGAAUCUGCCGCGUGCCAUCGCUAUUUCUUGCACGCUGGUCACCGUCGUGUAUGUUUUCACCAAUGUGUCGUUCUAUACUGUGCUGUCGCCGGAGGAGGUGCUUGGGUCGCAAGCCGUGGCCGUCACUUUUGCCGAUCGGGUGUUUGGCGUGUUCGCCUGGACCAUUCCAGUUUUCGUGGCCCUGUCGACCUUCGGAGCCGUAAAUGGAAUUCUGCUGACGUCAUCGCGUCUCUUCUACGCCGGUGCCUGCGAAGGACAAAUGCCGGAGAUUCUGACCAUGAUUCAGAUCCAACGCCUCACGCCAACGCCGGCCGUCCUCAUUAUGGCGCUACUUUCGAUGGUCUACCUGACCGUGUCGGACAUCUUUGCGCUGAUCAACUACGUCGGAUUUGCCACCUGGUUAAGUAUCGGCGUAGCCGUCCUGUGUCUGCCAUGGCUUCGAUGGGCCCAACCAAACCUGAACCGCCCGAUUAAGGUGAACCUGAUCUUCCCGAUCUUCUACCUGAUCGCCACCGUGUUCGUCACGGUAGUUCCCAUGAUCGCGAGCCCGGUUGAAACCGGCUACGGACUGCUCAUGAUCCUGACCAGCAUUCCCGUCUACUGCAUAUUCAUUGCGUGGCGAAAUAAGCCCAAGUGGUUCAACCAUACGAUGGUGGGCGUCACACGGUUCUUGCAGAAAAUGCUCAUGGUCCUUGGUAAGGCCAAACCAGCUCAGGUUUAGACAGAAGAAAAACAAUGACAAACAUUUAAAAGACAGAGUCAACAUCGAAAGAGAGACACAUCAUUCACGUAGCACAUUCCGAAACAAAUCAAUCGAAAAUAAUUCAACAUUCCACGUCAUAAUCCAGUCAUUCCAUGUAGGAAACAGCAGUCAGAGAUGUUAGGGAUUAGCAGCAGGGGUGAACAAGAGGAGGGUAACUGAGAAAUGUUUAACUUUUUUGAGUUUUAUGGACACGUUACGGAUGGAGAGGUUUAUGACAAGCAUACAUUCUUGUUUGUGUAUCAAAUUUAGUUUUCCAACAAAUUGUGACUGUCGAUCAGUUGACCGUUUUUCGACAUUCCCUCUCCGAGUUAGGUUAUGGUAAGUGAACAGCAGUGUUAAGUUUUAAACAAUGUUCUAGAAGGCUGUUUGUUUGAGUGUUAUCAUUGAUUGAAACACACGCGACGUGAAGCAUAGUUUUACAAGUAUUUGUUUUAUUUCGUCAUAGCUUGUGUAUAAUUUUAAUGUUACAAUCCUACGUUCCUCAUAAAUUAACUGUAUUUGUUAGGAUUAUUCGAUGUAAGACAAAGCAAUGCUCAAAGCAACGCUACCAACAAUAAAACCGUAUAAAACUAUAAAACAGAUUGUAUCGUUUGUUCAAAUUGUACUCCAUUGUUUUUGUUUAAGCGAAGACUACAUACACACAACAAAUGGUUCAAAAUUCCGACAAUAUAUAGUCUUCGAUUUAAAAAAAAUCGGACAUACCGUGCCAAAACUAACCGAAAUAGGCUAGAGAACAUAUCAUGCGUAAAAACGUAAAAAUGAAUCUCAAAAGGUAUUAAUUAGCACCAUAUCGCAUCGGAUAUAAAACUUCCAACCCAAAACCAAACCUCUUUGGACUUUCUAGGUACAUAUUUGCGAUUCGUUGUUUUAGGUUCUGAUUCCCACAGCUCACGAUUACUCUUGCGUAAGGUUGGCAGCAGUGAAGCCGUGUGCAUGAAUUCUAAACAGAAAACAUUCAAAUUAUUACAUGCGUAAUGAAUCAAUUGAGCAAAGAGUUCCAUCAUAUUAUUCGGUAACUACCUAUAUGUAUAAUGAGCCAACAAUAAUGUUUUAAAUGUGUUUUAUUGAAUGUCCUGCUUAUAGGAAGAAAUGUUGACGAAAGUUAGGAAACAAAUGAGAAGGUACACUGAGCGAAAUACAUCACUAAGUGAGCCAUUAAGAAGGGUUAAAAACUUGUUGACAAUAAUCUAAAGUUUAGUGUUUAGAAAAAUUUUAAUGUCCAUACAUGCAUGUAAUUAUAUACCAAGCGCAUUUACCAGAACCAACAACCCAUAUAACGACCGCGAAAUAGCAUUCCACAUUAAAUAGCAUAUAUAAAUCAUAUUAACCACACUCAAAACAUAUUCUAUGUGAUCAAUAGAGAGUCAAAUAACCCACAAUGUAAAUAACACAAUCAUCAAAAACGGUAACUUAAAUCAAGAUGCAGUAACAGGUCUCUACGGAACAUCCAACACAGGAAACAAUGCCAUUUACACGGAACCGUAUAUAUAAAAAAACAGCAAAUCGGAAAAUGCUUUUGCUUGUUGGUCCGAGAAAGUUAGAAAAGAAAAUUAAAAAGGUUGAAAACACAAGGAAUAGCCUGCGAGGAAUCUACUGGCACAGUGUAUGUCGCCGACUUUAGCCAUUAGAGGAGUCAAUAAAAUGAAAUGUAUUAUUGCAAAAGAA